GGCCCCUUUCGUGCCCUUCUCACAGCCAUGGUGGAGGAAAGCAGCGCUCCGAGCUGGGAGCAGAGAAUCCAAGCCCUCACCCACAUCCUAACCAACCCCACCACCGCCCCCUCCCUCCAUUCCCAGCUCUUCGUGGCCACCCACAUCCCCUGCUUCCUCCGCUGGGACUACCCUCCCUUCCUCUGCCCGGCCGCCUCCUCUCCCUUUCCUUCUCCUCUCCUCCGCUGGUCCUUCUCCCUCUUCCUCUCCCGCGCCGCCCGCCUCGGCCUCCCCCGUUCCUCCUGGCGCUCCAAGUGCCCCUUCCAGCAGCCCCCGCCCCUCGUCCUCUCCUCCGCCGUCGAGGCAGCUCCGCCUCGCUGGGGUCCCGAGGAGCGCCGGGCUUACUUCCGGAGGCGGCUGAGGCGGGGCCGCCUCGGUGUCCGCGUCCCGCCUAUCUUGGUCUUCGCCGUCCCCAACCUUGCCCUCCUCUCGCUGCUCUUCUGGGACCCCACCUGGCUCCGUCGCUGGACCUAAAGAGCUCUGCUCAUCAGCACUCUGCCUUCACUUAUCAGCUUUUAGUAAGUGAUUCAAUCACAGAGCAGCUAGGUAUAGCAGUCAUGUCUUUAUUUUUUGAGCUUGAGGUCUCUUUAUGCCAGCAAGUUCAGGAAAAACUACCUCUAGAUUUUCGUGGAAGAUGGAAAAGGUGGAGUCACAAAAAUAAAUAAAUAAAUAAAGCUUGUAGGAACUGGUAGAAGGGACUUCUGAAUUGGGAAGACUUUGUGAUCUAAACCAUAUACACUAUUUGAAACUGUGAUAAAACUGUAGUGUUUAAAUCUGGCACAAAGCAAAAUUCUUAAAUUCUUGUGACUGCAUAUGUGGUUAUACAGCUACAUAGAGAAAACCUUCAGCUCUUGCUGAUGAUGCUGACCUUCUGCUUUGAGAUUACAUGGUUGCAAGUACAAUCCUAGAAUGUUAUUGGUAAAGUAAUCGAUAUUUUGCAUCAAAAAAUGAGCUACAUGAGGUACUUACCAUAGGAUGUUCCCUCAUGUGAUUCUUGUUCUUAAAAUGAGGUGCCUGGUUAUUAUAAAAAUGCAGUUUCCAUG